CCCGGAGGCGCGGAUGACCCCCUCUUCUCCUCUCCGGCUAAACUUGUUUGCCGAAUCCCUCUGUCUGUAAGAGCCGCCAUAUUGUCAGCCCCGAAGAGCCGUGAGGCCUGACAGAAACACCUGUGCACCCUCACUAUGUCCGGCCCAGUCACCAGCCGAUCCCGGGUUUACCCAGACGUCAACACACAGAGACCACGGGAGUACUGGGACUACGAGUCACAUGUUGUGGAGUGGGGGAAUCAGGAUGACUACCAGCUGGUGCGAAAGUUGGGUCGUGGCAAAUACAGUGAAGUGUUUGAAGCCAUCAACAUCACAAACAAUGAGAAAGUAGUUGUUAAAAUACUCAAGCCAGUAAAAAAGAAGAAAAUCAAGCGAGAAAUAAAAAUCUUAGAGAAUCUGCGAGGCGGUCCAAACAUCAUAACCCUUUUAGACAUCGUCAAGGAUCCAGUGUCUCGAACACCUGCGCUGGUUUUUGAACACGUUAACAACACAGACUUCAAGCAAUUGUAUCAAACGCUAUCAGAUUACGACAUCCGGUUCUACAUGUAUGAAAUCUUAAAGGCCUUGGACUACUGCCACAGCAUGGGAAUCAUGCACAGAGACGUCAAGCCACACAACGUCAUGAUUGACCACGAGCAUAGAAAGCUUCGUUUGAUAGACUGGGGCUUGGCAGAGUUCUACCACCCAAGCCAGGAGUACAAUGUCAGGGUGGCCUCCCGGUACUUCAAAGGACCUGAGCUGCUGGUGGAUUACCAGAUGUAUGAUUACAGUUUAGACAUGUGGAGUUUAGGCUGUAUGCUGGCCAGUAUGAUCUUUAGGAAAGAGCCCUUCUUCCAUGGACAUGACAACUAUGAUCAGCUUGUACGGAUUGCGAAAGUACUGGGCACAGAGGACUUGUAUGACUACAUUGACAAGUACAACAUAGAGCUUGAUCCACGGUUCAAUGACAUCUUGGGCAGACAUUCCAGGAAGAGGUGGGAAAGAUUCGUACAUAGUGAGAACCAGCAUUUGGUCAGUACUGAAGCCUUGGACUUCCUGGAUAAACUCUUGCGCUAUGACCACCAAGCCCGCCUCACAGCCCGGGAGGCCAUGGAGCACCCAUACUUUUAUCCUGUAGUAAAAGAUCAGGCCAGGAUGGGCUCUACAUCAGGGCUUUCCACUGGUUCCACUCCUGUCAGCACCUCCAGCAUGAUGACUGGAGGCAUCACGUCCAUGUCGUCAUCGCAGCCUAUGGCCAACAUGGCUGCUUCUCCGGUCAUCUCCUCCCAGAGUGCUCUGGCUACACAGGUCCCAGCCGCUGCAGGCUCACAGCCCUGAUCGUGAUGCGCUCACCCGUCUGUCUCCUGGCCUCAUUUUUACGUUGAGUGUAAAGAACUGAGGAGAGACAAAUUUAGGUUCCUUUUUCUUUUUUUCUUCUUCUUUUGUUUUCAUUGAAUAAUUAUAUAUUGAUAUUUGGGCACAUACCAGAUGGACGUUAGCAUUGCCUCUGUGUCCAGCUAAAAAAUGUUGCUGCGUUCUUUUAUGAUGGUGUCUAGAGAAGCAACUACACUGUAGAAAUUAACAAAAAUGGAUAAUAAAAUUUAUUUUAUAUGUCCCUAAAA